AUGGGCAAGAUCAUCUUCUACGAGGACAGGAACUUCCAGGGGCGCUCCUAUGAGUGCAUGAGCGACUGCUCCGACAUGUCCUCCUACCUGAGCAGGUGUGCUUCCUGCAGGGUGGAGAGCGGCUGCUUUAUGGUCUACGACCGUCCCAACUACAUGGGAAACCAGUAUUUCCUGCGGAGAGGCGAGUAUUCCGACUACAUGUCUUUUGGCAUGAGUGACUCUAUCCGAUCCUGCCGUUUAAUUCCUCAGCACCGAGGUUCUUACAGGAUGAGGAUGUUUGAGAGGGAGAACUUCCAGGGCCAGAGUCACGAGCUGAUGGACGACUGCGACAACAUCCAGGACCGCUACCGCAUGUCCGACUGCCAGUCCUGCAACGUGAUGGACGGCCACUGGCUGAUGUACGAGCAGCCCCACUACAGAGGCAGGAUGAUGUACCUGAGGCCCGGAGAGUACAGGAGCAUGAAAGAUAUGGGAUACAGCGGCAUGAGGCUGAGCUCUGCCAGGCGUAUAAUGGAUUCCUGUUGA